AUGGCUGCAGCACCUGGCGGCAUGACUGGCAACCGCAUCGACGGACUUCCGAGCACCGAGGAUGUAGUCGCAGAUGUACAGCGUGCGCAAUCACCAACUAUGGCACAGAUCACUUCUCUUGAAGGAGAGCUGCGUACAGCCAGGAAAGAACUAGAGGAGUUGCAGGGAAAAGAGGAACGCUCGAGAUCAGUCAUACAGUGGUUCCAAGCAGAGCUAACGGAGUCGCAGACGUACGCCAAAUCCAUCGAGGAUGAGCUACGGAAGUUCUCUGGCAUAAAAGAACAGCUACGAGAGGAAAGACGCCUUACACACAGCCUCGGGCAGCAGCUUGCCACUGCGCAGGCAGCACAUUCUAAUACAACCGCCCUAUUGGACAUGCGUAGUUCCGAGCUCAAGGAUGCGCAGAGAUUCCUCACUAAGACAGACCCCCUCUCCGACGCGGAUGUUGUUCGCAUGGUCGAGCACCUCAACUCGCAGAUAUUCCAGGCGGCCGCCCGCAUCGCAGACUCCGUGAAUUUCCCGCACUCGAAUACAGCACGUCAUGGGUCCCGCGCAGGACACCUCGUCGGUCCAGUAUUGGCCAAGCUCCUCCAGCAGGUGUCCCACGCCGACGACGCAUUCUGUAUGCAACUUGCGCUGCAAGCAGGUAUUAUUGCUUGGACAAAAUGGUUGCUCGAGACCUGGAACUUCGAUCCUCGCGGAGACGAAGGGCUGUUCCAUGAUAUGCACGCUUAUAUCAAGAAUAAAGAAAGUCAGACUGUCUCGGGAAGAUGGCGAGCGUUAGCACACUCCUACCUCAUGGCUCGUCUGUCCGACGCCGCGCAGUCAACUCUUCUGGACCACCUUGUCCUGUGUGUCGCCGAUCUCCUCCUCGCGUCUGGAGCGGGCGACUGCUCUGAACAGGCCGUCGCAUUCAUACGAGAUCGCCAUGGCGAACCUCUACGAUCUAUCAUCAUGGCGACCCUACAGCUCAGGACGGUGAUGUGGGAGGACAUAGUCUCUAGAGACUUUGAGACAACGGCUGUGAGCGGCGGGGAGAGAUUUGACCACGAGUCGAUGAAGGACGACUUCAAUAGUCAGGCGAGAACACGAGAAGAUAUAGGUGGAAAUGUGUUGUGCACCACCGGGAUAGGCCUCGUGAGGUCCGAAAAAUGCGAAGGCCCUGAGGGUGCGACCCGGACAGUCAAGGUCCUCUUGAAAGCGGCAGUUGCCCUAGAAUCCGUCGUACACGAACUGAGCCUAGCUGCGCACGCGUAG